AUUGAAGCUCCAAAUUCUUUUUCUAUCUUCCUCUUUUCACUUUCCGCCUUUCUACUCGCAUUGUACAAAUAACGGGUCUAUCUCUCACACCACCCCUUUAAUAAUAAUGGGAAAAGGAACAGAUAAACUAUACAUCACACACUCCGAAUGGUCAUCUUCGGACGCCUUCUCAGCAAGCACAGGUUCACGGUCUACUCACACUGACACGUCCUUUAAACGACUACCUUUCAACUUUUGCGCCGCGAGUCUCCAGCCCUUCAAAAACCCCGUCUGCACUGCCAAUGGCACCAUAUUCGAUGUCGAGGUUAUUUCAAAAUGGCUUGACAACCACAAGACCAAUCCCGUGACCGGGGAGCCCUUAGCAGCACGCGACCUCAUCAAACUCAACUUUGCGCGCAACGGCGACUUCGACUCGAAAGGCGCAGAUGGGCUAGACAGUGACAAAAAGGGCGACCUGAUUGAUCCUGUCAGCUUCAAAGUGUUUACCGACAACACCCAUAUCGUCGCCAUCCGACACGGCACCUAUGCGAAUGUUUUUGCCUGGGAGACGGUGGAGCGGAUGAACAUCAAAGCAAAGAUGUGGCGAGACCUUGUCGACGACGUAGAGUUUAGUCGCUCGGACAUAAUCACUCUGCAGGAUCCACAAAACGCCGCUAGCAGAGAUCUAAGUCAAUUCCAGCAUCUAAAGGACGGUGGGGAUGCGCUCUUGACCAAGGAACAGGAGGAAGAAAGAAGAGAAGGCAACGUCAAUAUCAAUGCCCUGGGCAGAGUAGGCGACAAGGUCUUGAGGGCGAAAGAGGCUGUGGAGAAGGCUAGGCGAGAGCGUGAGGCGGCCGGGGAUAUCAAUCGUUCCAAAGCCCUUACCAAGACUGGCGCGGGUAACAAUGCCAGGCCUUCCAUGGUGCAGGAUAAGAAAACAGCCUACAAUGCAGCAGCAUAUACCACCGGAAGAGCUGCGGCGAGUUUUACAAGCACGGGAUUGACCCCUGAAACCAGUGGCGAGCGAGCCACGCUCACGGACGAAGAAUACAUGUUGAAACCGAAGCGGGUGAAGAUAAAAGGCUACGCACGGAUCGAGACGAAUUUAGGCGAUUUAAACAUCGAACUACAGACCGAGUAUGCGCCUAGGGCGGUCUGGAACUUCACCCGGCUAGCCCAGAAGGGCUACUACAGGGGCGUUGCCUUUCACCGCAACAUCAAGAACUUCAUGGUCCAAGGAGGCGACCCGUCAGGCACCGGACGAGGGGGCACGAGCAUAUGGGGCAAGAACUUCCAAGACGAGUUCGACGGCCCACUGACCCACGAUGCGCGAGGCAUUCUCAGCAUGGCAAACAAAGGCAAGAACACCAACUCAAGUCAAUUCUUCAUCACCUACCGGCCAGUCAAGCAUCUCGACCGCAAGCACACCAUCUUCGGCAAAGUCGUCGGCGGCACCGACGUGCUAAGCAAGAUCGAGGCCGUGCCCACGGACGGCUCGGACCGGCCCCUGAACAAGAUCUUCAUCAAGGACGUCGUCGUCUACCUCGACCCGUUCGACGAGUUCCAGCGGCAGAAGGCCGAGCGCGACAAGCUCGCGGAGACCAAGGCCGAGAUCGAGCGCACCGGCGGCACCGAGGACGACCGCAUCACGUGGACGGGCAAGCGGGUCCGGCAGGACGGCACCGUCGACCAGGGCGCCGGCGCCGGCGCAGGCGUCGGCAAGUACCUCCAGGCCGCGAGGAAGCAGCAGAUCGCCGAGGACGAGAUGAUAGAGGAGGAUGUCGACGUGUGGGAGGAGCCCGUCAAGAAGAAAGCCAAAGUCGGUGGGUUUGGCAAUUUUGAUAAUUGGUAGGUAUGUACCUACCUAGGUAAAAGAAAAGAAAAACCACCUCAAAAUGAUAGGUUGGGGGUUUUGCAUUUGCAUGGCGUUGGGGCGAUACCCGAGGGGGGGGGGUCGGUUGUAUUAUCACAACAGUAGGUACUGGCUAGGUACCUAUAUAUAAUACUGGCUCUACAUAAUGAGAAGCUUUUUUUUUUUUAUAAAAAAACGAUC